AUGACCACAGGAUCGGAAAGGUCUGCCGCAGUGGAAUUCAGCGACACCAUUGAGGCUAUUGAAGAAUGCUAUCGCUUAGGGUGGAGCGAUGGCUUGCCGGUAGUCCCGCCAACCGAUUAUAAAGUGCGGGAGAUGCUGGAAUACGUGAACAUGACCGGCGAGGAAGAGGUGCUCUCUCUGGAGAUGCGCCGAAGGGUGCUUACGUCGGAAAACGCCGCCGCCAACGCCGUGAUGGCGGGGUGCCUCCCAGAGUAUUUCCCUGUUCUCCUUUCCACCCUGCAGGCCUUGGAAGACGAACGGAACUUCGUCCACAUGGCCUCGGCGUCCACCAGUUCGCCGGCGAUUUUGAUGGUAGUUAACGGCCCGGUGCGCGAGCAGAUAGGGCUCAACUCCAAGGACGGGCUUUUCGGCCCGGGCUUCAGGGCCAACGCCUGCUUGGGGCGUUCCAUAAGGCUCUGCUUUAUGAACGGCUUCGAUGCCAGGCCGGGCAUUCUUGACCGAGGUACACUGGGAAACCCGUGGAAGUACACCUUGUGCAUCGCUGAGAACGAAGAAGACUCGCCGUGGGAACCGUUGCACGUUAGCCGGGGUUUCCAACCCGAGGACAGUUGCGUGACGGUGGCGGUGGCUUACAAUCCCAUCACGGUCAACAACGCCUAUGGGCACACCGGCGAGUCGAUCCUGUCUUCCUUGGUUGACACCCUGAAGUCCGCCUGCCUGGCGUGGCGGUUCCCGGCCCAGUGGGUGAUUGUCAGCGAGGCCGGGAAACAGCCAUAA